AUGCAUUCCAAGUCUCUUUCUAUCUCAUUCUUGACGCUUGUCUCGAUUACGAAUGCGCUCUCACUUCCCAUGGACCAGGAAUACCAGUCCGGCACUCCACCGACCGACUUGAAUCCAGAGAUAUUGCAAACAAUGGACGGGCCAAUGAAGAAGUCUGACUACUUUCCCAGCGGCAAGUUUAUGUCUGGAAAAGGUCCCAAAUCAGAGCUGGUUUCGGAGCAGCUUGUCGCCGAGUCCGGUCGUUCCGCGAUCGACAAGAGCUCGAAGGAUGCCGGUUAUAGUCUUCCGAGCGAUUCUUACCAAAGCGAAAACUUCAAUCAAGCUCCCAAGAUUCCCUCUGCCCCUGGUCAAUUGAAUCAUCCCGGAAACCCUUACAGCCCAACAUUCCUGCCAUUUCCCAGUUAUGGCCAGAAUGGUCUUCCAGCAGGCACGAAUUUCGAAGGGAACCCACCAGGCGGACACCCUCCAAUGUUCCACGAGCGACCUUCAGCCUCACAACCUACUGCGACUAGGCCCAGAAAGCCACAUCAAAACCCUCCUCCCGGAGGUUUGCAAAUUGACGAGAAUCCCGCACAAGACCUUCCGGAUCGUGAAGACAAUACGGGAGAAUCAAAGGGAAUAAACAAAUUACCGAAACGCAGGGUCUCAUCAAAUACACUUAUUGGCCGAGAGACAAAACAGGGCGUGCGAGCGGUCCUUGACUUGCACACCGCCUUGGAGCGCAGACAAGAUGAUAACGAGUUGGCGAAUGGUCUCAAUGAUAGCGAUGAUGACCCGUUUAGCGAUUUUUUCUUUCCAACAGCAUCUGAUGGCGAGCCGGGAGAUGUGGAAUUAGCCAACCCGGAUAUCCCAACGGGAACAGGGCUGAAGCGUCGAAAUUCGAUUGAAAACUCAAGCCAUGGCCUUCGCCGCCGUCACAAUGGUGAGGAUCACUCCAUGAAAGGUCUGAAGGACAUGACAAAGCAGGCAGGUGGUGGAAGCCAAGGUGGUCACGUCAAACAAACCGAGAACAUCCCAAGUGAGAAUGCCGGUGAUCAAGCUGAGAAAGGCCCUGCCAGAAAGAUGGAAUCGGAAGAUCCGACAACCACAGAGACAAGCCAACAAGGGAUCCCCACUGAAAACCCUGGCAUGCCUUCUGCCACAAACAAUCUUAACACUAAUCUAUCGAACAGCCAGGUCGAGGGACUUUCCAUACCCGAUCCGAUGGGAAAACCUCAGACCCACCCUUCUAGCUUUCCGCCACAGUCCCAGACGCAACGAUUUUCUCCAGAAGACCAAGAAAGCGGGAUAAGAACUUCGAUAGGAUCCCCCGUAAUCGACCUGGAUGCCCAAACCGGCCAAGAGGGACUACAGUCACAGUUUAUGGGAGGGAAAUCCGAUUCUCUUAGCCCCAAAGGUUCAAACGGACUCAAUAUUGGUCCUACCGAGGGGUCUCCUUUCGACAUGGGAGCGGAUUCCAGAAACGUGGACGGCGAGUCGAUAACUGCAGAGAUGGAAGAUGCUUCCGGCGAUGGCGAGGGAGAUGACGAGGAAGAGAAUCCUGAAGAAGGGCAGGAAGGAGAAGCUGAUCAAUCACCAGGGCCGCUCAUGGCCAGCCUCGGUGCAAAGCCUGCUCCAUCCUCAGAAAACGUGGGUUCUCCUAACACGCUGUCAUCAGAUGAAGUUGAAUUGGCCUUAAAUUGA